AUGAAUAGCAACCCUCCACAUGCCAAGGUCAGCCGGACCACCGAGCCGCCGCUGUCCCGCUGCAGGGAGCGAACGCCUGGGGAUGGCCGGCCCGGGGCGCUUGAGGGGCGCUCGGGGGCCGUUGCCGGCCCCGGGCCGAGCGCUGACAGCCGCGUCCCGCCGGCAGGGAAGGCGCAGCAGGGCCUGAAGGAGCAGUACCGGCUGGGCUCGCUGCUGGGGCGCGGCGGCUUCGGCAGCGUCUUCGCGGCCACGCGGCUCUCGGACGGUGCCCCGGUGGCCAUCAAAAGGGUGCCACGGGAGCGCGUCCGGCACUGGGGCGAGCUGCCCGACGGCACCAGCGCACCCCUGGAGAUCGUGCUGCUGGCCAAGGUGUCCACUGGCUUCCCUGGUGUGGUCCAGCUGCUGGAGUGGCUUGAGCUCCCCAACGAUGUCUUGAUGGUGCUGGAGCGCCCGGAGCGGUGUCAGGACCUGCAGCGUUUCAUUCGGGCACGGGGCUUCCUGCCCGAGGAGGUGGCGCGGGAGCUGUUCCGCCAGGUGCUGGAGGCCGUGCGGCACUGCACCAACUGUGGGGUCCUGCACAGGGACAUCAAACCAGAGAACAUCCUGGUAGACCUGGCCACCGGGCAGGCCAAAUUGAUUGACUUUGGCUGUGGCACCUACCUGCAGGACACAGCCUACACUCACUUUGCAGGAACACGGUCAUACAGCCCCCCGGAAUGGACCCACUUUGGCUGGUACUAUGGCAGGCCAGCUACCAUCUGGUCCCUGGGCAUCCUGCUGCACCAGAUGGUCUGUGGGGAGCACCCUUUCAGUAGGGGCCAGAACAUCAGCUGGGACCAUCAACUGUCGCUGCCACAAGGGCUCUCUCAAGAGUGCCAAGAUCUGAUCAGGCGGUGUUUAUCCAUGCUGGACUUGGACAGACCCUCAUUAGAAGAGCUGCUCUGUCAUCCUUGGAUGCAGGAUAUUCAUCUGCCCUAGAAGAAGGGAGAGAGCCACAGGCACACUGUGAUGCAGGGCCCU